AUGAGUAAUUACAAGGCGGAAUACAUAUGGGUGGACGGCACUCAGCCAACUGCCAAACUCCGCUCGAAGGCGAAGGUAGUGCCAAUGGGUGAGGAGCCCCCGAUCUGGGGGUUCGACGGCUCAAGCACAAAUCAGGCGCCCGGCGAGAACUCAGACUGCGUUCUCAGGCCAGUGUUCACCUGCCCGGACCCGAUACGCGAGGGAGACCACAAGCUGGUGAUGUGCGAAGUGCUGCUGACCGACAUGACACCACAUCCUACGAACACCAGGGCCGCUUGCGCCGCAGCGGCGGAGCAGUACGCUGACUUCGACAUGUGGUUCGGAAUCGAGCAGGAGUACACAUUCUUCAACGGCAUCAGGUCUCAGCCUCUUGGCUGGCCGGACAACGGCUUUCCUGCGCCGCAGGGUGGCUACUACUGCGGCGUCGGCUCUGACGAGGUAUUCGGACGCCCGGUCGUUGAGGAUCAUCUGGACGCUUGCCUCGCGGCGGGACUCCAGAUAGCAGGCAUCAACGCUGAGGUUAUGCCCGCACAGUGGGAGUUCCAGAUUGGGCCGAUCGGCUCGCCGGCCGUUGCCGACCAUCUGUGGAUUGCCCGCUGGCUGCUGUAUCGCAUUGGCGAGAAGCAUGGUGUGGCGGCGACACUCGAUCCCAAGCCGGUGCGCGGCGACUGGAACGGCGCAGGCGCACACACGAACUUCUCGACGCGACAGAUGCGCGAGGCAUACGAUCCUUGCGUUGCCGCCGCCGAGGCUCUUGCCGCUAACCACCACGAGCACAUAGUCAACUAUGGCGACGGCAUAGAAAUGCGACUCACCGGACUGCACGAGACCUGCUCUUACCAGGAGUUCCGAUACGGCGUGUCGGACAGGGGCGCGUCGGUGCGGAUACCCUGGCAGGUCGCGCGUGACGGCAAGGGCUACAUUGAGGACAGGCGCCCGAACGCCAACAUGGACCCGUAUAAGGUUACGGAGCUUAUCCUCAAUACGGUCUGCGAGGCGGCAUCUUAG